CAGAAAUUCAAAUGUCCCAACAAAUAAGCUUUCAUUUUCAAAUGAAUCCAACGGCUGAAGAGGCGCUGGAUAGUAUGAAGUUCAGCUUGCUUCUUUCUUCCGUUGGUGUCCUCCUGUCUUUACCUCCCCCAACUUCUGGCUCUCUAGAAUUUUCCUAUCUUUUAACAUCUGCUAACACUCCACUGUUUCUCAAUUCUCUUUCUCUCAAUUCUGAACUCUGCCUUCCUUUGAGAAAAUGGCAGCAACAGUGAAGUGCAGGCCACAAGAAAGGACACUAGGGAUGGUGAUGAAAGAGGUGGAUGAGGAUCUUGCUAUUUUUCUUGGCAUGAGGCGUAGUGCCAAAGAGAGGGAGGAUGAUCUUCAUUCUUCUCCCAGCUUUGACUACAUCAAUGAUUCACUGUAUGAGAAAACGCCCAAUCAUGAUAGAACAGCAAAGGAAAUUUCCACGAGUUGUUCGAAUGACACGAGUGAUUAUAAUGACUGGCUUCUUUCACUUUCAUCAUACCCCUUCAUCAAUGAGGAAGAGAAUGCUGUCGUUGAUUGGACAGGAAAACGUUCAGAUUUGGCUGAGUUAGAUUUGAUGGCAGCUAAUAGUGGUAAUUCCCCAAGGGAUGAAGAAACUUCACAAAAUGAGUUGUUGGUACACUCAUCGUCUACAUGUUCUGGAAAAAGCAUUUCUUCUUCAAACAGCAACAACUCUUCUUCUGCUGGAAAUUCCACAACUUCCUCAUCAUCAACUGGGAGGAGCAGGAGAAAACCCAAAGCUGCAACCCCCAAAGCUGGACGAUCUCUACCACUUUCCUUGUCCAAAUCCUCAAGACCUUCCACACCUACUUCAAGAUCAUCCCUACCAUCCGCUCCUCUUUUAGUAAAUCCUACUAGUUCACGCUCUUCCGUCACUUCAUCCAGAUCAGGUUCAAGGUCAGCAACACCAACCAGUAGGACAACAUGCGUGGUGAAGCCAGGUCUUGCGUCGUGGAAGAAAUCUGUAGCUUCUGCCACUCUAGUAACUCCAAGUGCACCGCCACCUUCCACAGCUGGUGGUGGAAAACCAAGGCAUAGUAGAUCUUGUUCACCUUCUAGAGCUCAUCAAACCCGAAACAACAGCUAUGUUCAUAGCCAAAAUAAGGGGGCUUCACUUUCAAGGAGCCGGGGGUCGUGGUAUAACAAGGAUGAAGAUGAUGUGAUGAUGAACCCUGUACAGGUAGGAACAAAGAUGGUUGAAAGAGUAGUGAACAUGAGAAAACUAGCUCCUCCUCCUAAGCAUGCAGAUGAUCCCUCCAAGAAGUCAUCUCUAUCUCAUAGAAGCUCAAGCUUUGGCACUUCCUUCUCUAAAAUGUCUCUAGAUAUGGCUAUACGGCAUAUGGUAAUUAAAUAAAAGCUCGAACUAUCUGCAGUGCGGGAAAAUCAAAUAUUUCUGAAGUGAGAGAUCAAUAACACAAGCACGCGAUCUUCCCUGGCCAUCAGAAAUUGCUAAUAGAGCCAUUAUAUACUCAAUAUCGCAGUAAGUUAUGUCUUAUCAGCAUAUUGUCCUCGGAUUUUGUUUUUCAAAAAAUCCAGCCGUUACAUUCUUGAUACUCUUGUGUGUGUUGCUUCACAUGUAGCGCAAGGAUUUGAUCCAGCUUUGUUUUUAUAAGAUGCUGCCUCAAAAUUUUGAGAUUAUUAUAAACUUUGAUUAUUCAGUGUCAUCUUGAUUCAUGCCAUUAUUCA